CCGAAAUGUCCUGUUUGCGUGUAGUAUCACCCUUUGUUAGAUGAAAUUUACAGUACGGUGCCAGGAAAAAAAUAUCAUGAUUAACCAGAUUGAAAGUGGCGAAGAAGAUGAAGAAAUGAAGAGCUAUGACUUCACGAUGAAGACUUGGCGGGAUGAUGUCACUUUCCUCGUGGAAGACCAGCGUUUUUAUGCCACUAAGGCCAUAUUAGCCAUAGCCUCGUCCGUGUUUGAAGCAAUGUUUGGAACAAACUUCAGAGAAAGUGAAGUAAAAGAAAUACCUUUACCAGGUAAGAAAUCUGAAGACUUCAACGAGUUUCUUCAUUGCAUGUAUCCUAACACACAAAAGAAGAUAGACGCUAAUAAUGUGUACAAGAUCUUACCAUUGGCAGAUGAAUAUAAUGUCAAGUCAUUGGUGAAAAAAUGCCAAAGAUAUCUCAAUUUCCGUUUAACGAAUGAACGGGCUUCUAUAAAAGAAGUUGUGCAUUGCCACAGUUUGGCUACCAAACAUAAUUUUCAGGGCCUUCGGGAUGUUUGUGCAUCCCGUCUAUCCGAUAUUGGACUGAAAGAAAUACAACCCACAGGUCUAAAGGACACUGAAACACUGCUCGAACUCCAUAAAGAUAUCUUAAAGAAACAAGGAGAAUUGUUGGAUUCAGCUCGAACAGAAUUGGUGAAAAUAUAUAUGCAUAAAGAUCUAACACAGGAAACUGCAUCAGCACAUGACCUUACGAGUAGCAAAGGGGCUAUGAUAGCGUUUUCACCAUGCCUAGACCUUACAAAAGAGGACUUGAAAAGGAGCAAACCUGUGUCUGUAUGGGAUAUUACAUUUGAGGUUGUUGUCAAGGUUUUUAAUAGAAAUAAUGUUGAUUGUCUUUCAGUUUUAUUGUCAAGCACUUUUCCUGAAACAGAAGAAAGCUUGGCAUGUAUUGUUGAUGCAAAAUUCCAGUUGAGGUAUAUGGGGGAAGAUGAUUUUGAGCAUAAAUGUUCAACGAUAAAAAAGGAAUUUUCGAAAAAUGCUAAGUUUUCUCAUGGGACCCGUUUGAAACUGCCAGAGCUUAUUAGUUAUGGGUAUAUUGUUGAUAACAAAAUUGAUUGUGUUGUUUAUUUCAUGGUUCAGAAGCCUUUUGUGAAGGAUCAGUGAUUUAACAAUAGAGAAGACAUAAGAUAAUUAACAUGUUGUCGAAAAUAUUAAUACAUGCUGUGAAGGAGACAAAAGACUUUUAAUGGUGCAUUUAUACCAAUUUAAUGAUUUAUAGCUCAAUGAGAUUUAUUUUUUAUAUAGUGUAUGACUGUAUCAGUUAAAAUAAUUUUGUUAAUUAUAUCUUUAUGCAUUCUUUGAAAGAUUAUACUGCAAAUUAAAAAUUCAGAACCACAAAAGAAUCUUAAAAAGUGACGUUUGAGCCGAAAAUACAUACUUACGAAAAUACCUUAAAUCGCCUUGUAAAGUGAAAUUAAGACCGGAUCUACAAAAACGAGAUUUAUCUUUGAUAUAAUGUUUUAAAAGCGUAAUUUUGUUGCUAUUAAAUGAUUUGUAUGAAUGAAAUGUUUUGUAAUGAAAUAUUAGACGUUUGUGCGGUAAAUAUGCUAAAUAUGCCCCAAAAAGUAUAGAAAGAACGUCUCUGUGUACUGAUAAGCCCGCCUCUGGCUAGCCUCUGCACGUAUAUAUGUUUAUAUUGCAGUUAUUGUUAUCCCCCGCCAUGGAAUUGGGAGGGGGGGUAUAGUUUUGGCGUUUUCCGUCCGUCCGUUCUUUCGUCCGUCCGUCCUACCGCACUCACAGGAGAGUAAUUAUGUGGCUAGAGGGACAAUAGGUAACUGUUCUUUCUCUUUGAUGUCAUUCAUUCCGUAAUACUUUUAUGUGGCUAUUUUCUUUUGUGUGGCUAAAAAGAACAAUAGAGAGAACAAUAGAGAAUCCACAUAAUUACUGUCCUGUGAGAACGUCCGUCUGUCCAUCCAUCCGUCCGUCCGAAUUUCGUUUCCGGACUUGUUCUCUGCAACUUCUGGCUGGAAUUCAACAAAACUUUAUGGGAACCUUAAAAUAUCAAGACGGGAAGAGCAUAUCGUCGGCUUGUUCCCGUCCGACACUUUAACUCAGAGUUAUGGCCCUUGAUUAGUUAUGCAGUAUGCAUAUAGAUAUAGAGUAAAAAUCAUUUCCACGCUACUUCUCUGCAACUACUGGCUGGAAUUCAACAAAACUUUACGGGAACCUUCAAUACCAAGAGGAGAUGGGCAUAUCGUCCCCUUGUUCCGGUCAGACACUUUAACUUAGAUUUAUUGCCCUUGAUAACUUAUGCAGUAUACAACUAGAUCAAUAAUUGUUUCCGUGCUACUUCUCUGUAACAAGUGGCUGGAAUUCAAUGAAACUUUAUGGGAUACCCAUAUAGUAGCCUUGUUCCGGUCAGACACUUAUAACUCAGAUUUAUGGCCCUUGAUUAGCCAUGCAGUAUGCAUACAUCUCAUUGGGGGGAUACUAAUCGACGGUCUCCGGUCUUCGACGGU